AUGGCGGGUGAAUAUGUAGUAGAGAGAAAGUGCAUGCAGAGUGAUUCAUCGAGAAUGUCGAAAUCCAACAAAAGGGCGAGGACAGAGUGCGAAAUUACUGCCAAGGGGAAUCGAGGGCAACUCGAAAACCCUGAAACAAGCAACAAGUCCAACACCCCCAAUCGCAGCUCUCGCCACUCAUGCCCUCGCGCCUCGCGCCUCACACCUAAAUGCAUCAAAGGCAGUAGCAGCAGCAGCAGCAACAGCAGCAAUAGCAACAGCAACAAAGCCAGUUGGACGAUCGGUGUCUCAAUCCUACUGCAACUCACAGCUCGAGCAUUCCCCCUCAUCGGUCAGUAUCCCGUCCUCAGGGACCCGGCUCUGAAUCACGGCCGUCGUAUAACACCAACAACACGCGCCCUGCAUGCUGUCGUGAGCCGUGCACCAUGA